AUGAAGCAUUCAACAAUUUUCUUCUCUCUCCAAUUCUAUCUCCGUGAGGAACGCUCUCUGUCUACACAUCUAAAGCUUCAAGCUUUUUCCUUCUCCGAUGCCAAUUCUGUUCAGAUCCGUACCCAGAGAAUAGAGGACAGAAGAUCUCAACGUGUGUUUAGCAAAGUACAAGGAGGUGGCUUUUGUGUUGCGCUUACUUCUUUCUUCUUUAAGUUUGCGAUUGUGCUUUGA